AACAAAAUAUACGUAAAAUUGAAGAAAAUCGUAGUUUUCGUCGUAUAAAUCGUUGUUUUCGUCGUAUUCUAGUCUUUACUCAUGGCGGAUUGUAUACUUCAAAGGAUCAAUGAAAUUUAGAAAUCACUAUUUGAUAGCGGGAUUGCUGCUGAAAUUGUUAACGAGAUCUGUAGCAGUGACACCUAGAUUUGUAACCAUGGCAACAUCCUGCCCAAUGCCAUCUUCAAAUGCUUUCAAGGAUAUCACAUCUUGCGCCAAAAUUAUGGAUGACUUUACUCAUAACACUAAACUUGAUGUCUUGCAAGAUCAACCUCGUCGAUAUUUAUGGACAGAUGCUUUUGCAGUUUGUAACUUUAUUCAGCUUUAUAAAGAUACAGGUGUAAAGCUUCAUCUUGAUCGAGCGAUCAGUUUGGUUGACCAAGUACAUCAUACGUUAGGCCGGUUUAAAUCUGAAAUAGAUAGCAGGUUGGGAUGGAUCAGUGGUCUGGAUGAAGAAACAGGAAAGUUGCACCCAACUCAAGGUGGUUUGCGAAUUGGAAAAUCCAUGCUGGAACGAGGUUCUCAUGAGUCGUAUGAUGAUGAGCUAGAAUGGGACAGGGAUGGUCAAUACUACCACUAUGCUACAAAAUGGAUGCAUGCAUUAUUAUGCGUUUCCAUGAUAACCAAGGAUGACAAGUAUGUGAUAUGGGCUGAAGAACUUGUCAAGGGAGUUCAUUCAAAGUUUGUAUACAAAUAUGGGUCAACGUUAAGAAUGUAUUGGAAAAUGAGCAUUGACUUGAGCAGACCACAAGUGAGGAGUAUGGGACACCAUGAUCCUUUGGACGGACUAAUAACAUACAGAGCUAUUAAAGCUGCUCGCCCAAAUGCUGACAUCGAUUCUGAAAUUUCUGACUUGGAAAAGAUUUGUGAACACAAAGACUGGAGUACAGAUGAUUCUCUAGGGCUUGGCAGUCUUCUCUCUGAUGCAUUAAGACUCAUGAAAAUUAUCUGCGUUACAGAGGAUUUAUCUGGGUUGCCACUCUUGAAGAAAAUCCUUGAGGAUUCGAACAAAGGACUGAAAUCAUUUGCGCGUCGUGGAUUAAAAGGAAAAGCAGAGAGGCGAUUAGCAUUCAGAGAACUGGGUCUUGCAAUUGGGAUGUCCGCUGUUCCAUUAAUGCAAAGUUUGAUUGAUGGAAACCAGCGAAUUUUUAACCAAGAUCCAUCUAUACAGAAACUGGUGACAGAGAUGAAACAAUACAUGGAACAAUUCAACCAUGAUGUUAUUACAUUCUGGCUUGACCCGAAGUCCCAGAAAUUUGGAAGCUGGACAUCACACUUAGAUAUCAACAUGGUUAUGCUAGCUACUAGCCUUAAUUCUGGUGGAUUUUUGCAAUAAUAGACUGUUUCAAAAGUUGCACUUAUUGUUUGCCUUGGUGUCAUUUACAGACACUUCAUAUUAAUUAAGAUUCCUAAAUAAGUUUUGUUACUAUGGAAACAAUGAUGUACAAUUUUGUACAAUUAAGAGAACAAUAGGCUUUGGAAUUCUAAACUCAUGAAAUUUCUUGUUAAUGACCCCCCUGGCAUAAUAAUGGUCCUAUUUGGGUGGACUACUUUUACACCAAAACUGGAAAAUGCCAUUUAUUCAUUUUUUCCAUUUUGUUAAAUAAAAUAAGUUGUGUUAAAUGUUCACUAGCUGAUGUAAUGUCAUAAAAUUCAUCUCAAAGUUGCCCUUCCAUAUCUGUAUCAGACUCGAUGAAUUGUUUAUGAUUUGAACAAUGUGUGUCUUGUCUCCAGAUUUUGAAUGAGGGUGGUAGCC